AUGGGUAGGGCAGAAUAUGGUACCGCUAAAUAUGCAAGCAAGCAGAUGAAGGCCAGAGGCCUGCAAAAGUUAAAGUUUUACUGUCAAGUGUGUCAAAAGCAAUGUAGAGAUGAUAAUGGAUUCAAAUCACACAUUAAAUCACCUUCUCACGUUCGAAAGAUAUCACAAGUAUCACAAACAGAUAUUGAUGAGUAUACAAGAGAAUUUGAAAAUGAUUUCCUAAGGCUACUGAAGUUGGCCCAUGGUGAGAAGAAGAUCGAAGCCAACAAGUUCUACAACGAGUACAUUCAAGAUAAGGACCAUGUCCACAUGAAUGCUACUAGGUUUACAUCUCUGACUAAAUUCAUUAAAUAUUUGGGACAGACUGGUAAGAUACGAGUUCAUGGUGUAGACGUUUCCAAGGGCAACAAUGAUAAGAGUGACGAAGAUGCUGAUGAUGAUAUCGAUAUGGGACAAUUGAUGAUUAGUUAUAUAGACAACUCUCAGGGAAAUCUGCUUCGAAGGGAAAAACUACAGGAGCUUGCGAAGGAUGAGAAGAGUGAUCAAGAAAUUAAAAUGAUGUUAUUACAGAGACAGAUGCAGUCAGCAGCAGAGAAUGUAGAGGAGGAUAAAGAGGAAGAGAUAGCUGCCCCGGUAGUACGGGAACCAGUUGGUAAAGUUUCCCUCCAGUUAGGCAAAAGUUCAAGUCGAUCCAAAAAGAGACCCAAUAUUCGUAAGAAUGUGUUUCAAUGA